AUGCACGGCGCAGAGUCGCAGACGCGGGCAACCCUCGACGGUAACACUGCGUAUGCGAGAUGCAGCAUCAGACGAUUCUGUGCUACGGCGGCUUCUCGCAUUGCCAAGGGAUUUUUUCCUCAGAGGCUCUUUGUGUCGCAGGGCAGCGGAAGCUGGGAAAGCGCGGUAUUUACUAGGGCCUAG